ACCUUGCUUGCCAUCAGCUCAACGACGUUGACGCAGUCAUGGCGCCAAUAGGUAAAGCCCCUCUCAGGGCGGCAGCAGCAACAUCGUGGCGAACUCACCUCGCGCCAUGCAGAGUAGCCUCUUCCUCCUUCGCUACUACCUCGGCGCACCGCCUCCCACCGGCCCCACCGGCUGUGUCCAGCAAUGCCUCAAUGAUCAUGGCAGACGAGGCUCAGCUGGGUCGUCACUUCUACCUCAAUCGCGCCCUCGAGCACUGGGCAUCACGAUCGACCACAAAGAUGACUCUCCGAGGGCUCCUCUUCUUUGGCAAGUCCCUCGGUAGAGACCCAGAGAAGAUCAUCAAGAGCGCAAACUACGUUCGUGAGGAGCUGCCCAUCAGGAUCGCAAAGAGGAUCAGAGAUAUGCAGGAUCUUCCCUUUGUUGUCAUGACCAAUGAGCAUUUGGAAAAGGUCUACCAGCUCUACUGGUCGGCAUUCGAUCGAUUCAGGCGUUGGCCGGUCAUCACGACGCAUGAGGACAAUGCCAAGUUUAUUGCGCUGCUCAAGGAGUUGCUCAAUUCGCACCUUACCGUCAUUCCCUCACUCGCGUUGGGAGUCGUCGAAGUAUCAGAACAUCUCCCCCCUGGCCAGCUCGAAGGCUUCAUGCUACGAAUGCUCCGCAGCCGCAUCAGUCGACGAGUGCUGGCAGAGCAGCAUAUCGCUCUGAGCGAGGCCCUCGACGAUCCCUUCGCCUUCUUCUCCCCCGAGCCCUCCUUGGGUGAACCCGCCCUUCCCGAGACGAUAGGCAUCAUUCGUACUCACCUUUCGGUCCGCGGGAUCAUUCGAGAGUCCAUCUCUCUCCUUCAGACCGUCUUUGCCCGCGAAGCUGGGCUGUCAGUAGAGGAGGCCAUCCGCACAAAGGCGGUGCCGGAUGUGGUGGUGGAUGGGGAUCUUGAGGCGCGCGUCUCGUACAUUCCGGAGCAUUUGAGCUUCGUGGUAUUUGAGCUGGUCAAGGAUGCCAUGCUGGCUGUCAUGCGCUUCAAGCCGGAGGAGAGGGAUGAGAUUCCGUUGAGGGUCACCAUUGUGGAGGGGCCACCAGAGGAUGAUAUGAUCAUUCGCAUUUCCGACUGCGGUGGCGGAGUGUCGGAUCUUGUAUCCAGACUGGCAGCAGCAGCGCCGACUGGGGCAGCUGCGGCUGCGAGGGCAUCGCAUCGGGCUGCAUCCUCCGCUGUUCCCACUAUGCCGGCCACGACGGUCGGCAAGGGCGAGGGAGCCGUCGCCUCUUCCUCUACUACGGCCUCGCCCCUCUCCUCUCCGCCAUCCUCACCCGGCCAAGACCCUAGCAGCGACGCCUCACCACCCACCCUCGACCAGACACCGCACCACUGGCCAGCAGGCGCCAUCAGCCCUGUGAGGUCAAGUGGCGUCUCAUCGAACCUGACCGACGUGCUCUGCUCCUUCAGCAAUGUCAAGCAACGCCUCGAGCUCGAAGAGGAGGCAAGGCGAGAGAAGGGAAAGAUCGAGCAGGUCUUACGUGGCGAACGCGGCGGCAUGAACGAGAGACCGAAUGCAGCAACCUCUCAGGCGUCUUUGGCAGAAGAAGGACAAGAAGAGGAGGACAGCGACGUCCAAUCUUCCGGCUCUACCUCAUCCACCCUCCUCGGAGCAUCAGCUCAAGCAGGCCUCGGCUCACGCUCCAAGCUCGAGCUGCUCCGCCGAACAGGCAAGUUCAAGGGCACUGUCCGCGAGCAAGUAGGAUCUGCAGGCUCUGCCGACCAGACGGACUCGACCAUCCCAUCCCCUUCUCCCUCUGUCGACCCGCCACCCCGUCCACAACCGGCGAGGACCAACGAGCAACAUCACUACCUCCAGUCUUCCCUUUCGGAGACGUCGCUGGGACUAGCGGAUACGGGGCUGGGCAUGGCGAUGGCAAGGGUGUAUGCUGAGUAUUUUGGAGGAAGCCUGAACUUCAGGAGUUUGGAUGGACACGGGAUGGAUGUGUACUAUAGGGUGGCGAAGUUGGGGACUAACCAGGAGGGAGUGAAGAAUUAGGCGUGGAUCGAGAGCGGAUGGACGGGAAGUUUACCAACGCUAUGGUAACAGAAGGGGAAAGCGCGUGCGCAUUCUUGUACUUGUAUCGCACACAAAGAAAGCAUAAAGUCGAAGAGGUGACGAUGGUGAUGAUGCUACUGUUGUUACACUGCAAUUGGGCAUGGUAUCAUGGCGGA